AUGGCGAGCAAUCUCACCACCUCGAAACCCCUCGACGGCUCCUCCUUCUCCGGCUCCCUCAUCUCUCCCACACGCUCGCGAGACCGUCGUGACUCGAUCAACUCCGUUUCUGUAAGCUCCGGCCUCGAAAAGGAGCAGCUGGCCCAGGCCCUCGACCAGAUACACACCACGGCCAGCCGAACCGAUUCGCUGACGCUUUUCAACGAGUUCAACCCUCCGCCGGUUGUCCCCCAGGAUACGGAGAGCCGAGGAACGGUGCAGCAAGGCCUGAGCGGGCUCUACAGCCGACUCCGGGUCGCUGUUGGUGGCGGAAGCUCGUCCAAGGCUGCUCAGCGGGAGGACGAUGUCGACAAGCUGGAGAACUUGGCCCGAAAGGCCUCGGCGAGUGGAGACGGACACAAGUCCAAGCCGUCCACCUCGUCUCUGAGCCGCGCGGACACCGCGGCGACUGCGUCCACCGCAUCGUCUCAGCUGCUCCAGCAGGAUGCUGUCUCUCCCACGGCUUCAGGGCCUGCGGAUGGCCGGCCGAUGCCCUCCACGGCCAAGUCUGGAAGCAUCAGCUUGAUAGGUGGCGCCAAGUCUCUCUCAUCUGGUCGGCAGAGCCUCCCGACAAACGCCACAAGCGAUGUGAUUGCAGAUCCCACAAUCACAUCGGCGAGGAAACGUGAGCCAAGCCGUAGUUCUAUCCACACUGAAGACAGCGGGACCCAGAGUUCGCGCCGAAGAAGCACUAGCAGAGCUGAGUUCCAAUCGCGACUCCCUCCCGUCGACUCUCCUGAAGGCAGCAUCCCCUCGAGGUCGCCAGAAGACGAGAGCAUUUCCAGCAUGGAUGGAGGAAGCGUCGAUUCCCCCAUGAGCCCGGUCAAGGGAAAGACGCCUCUCAUGUCGCCAUUGCAAACUCUCCAUUCCCGAAGUCCCUCUGCGGCGUCCUCUCUGCUGUCUCCCGAUGAUGGUCGGCGGAAGCCGGCUGUUAUCGACCGUAUUAGCCACGCAAAUCGCCUCAGAUUUCCCGCCUCGAGGGACUCGUCUGUCGAUCGUGGAACGGCUGAGGCCAGUCCCAUAAGCACAGCUGCUCACAACUCAGUGCAUCACAAUUCCUUCUCCCAAGAGUCCAACCCUCAGCAUCUGCGCACUGGUGAUGUUCGCAUCCCAGGCACCACGGCGAGCCAUCAGGGAGCAACCGAUCAGAUGAACGCCCAACUAGACAGGAUGCGCAGGCAGAUUCUAAGCAAGGAGUUCUGGAUGAAGGACGAGACAGUAAAAGAAUGCUUCCUUUGUCAAGCUCAGUUCACGGCGUUCCGGAGAAAGCAUCACUGCCGAACGUGCGGCUUCAUCUUUGACUCCAAGUGCACCAUGGUCAUUCCAGGCGACAGAUUUGGCCUUCCCGGCAGUCUCAGGGUGUGUAAGCGCUGUCUCGAUGUCAUCACUCGGCGCUUCGACGCCAGUGCCUCCGAGGACUCUGGAGAUGAGCAGUCUUAUCUACCAAGGAUAUUCGGCGCGGAAGAUCCCAGGAAGGCGACUCUAUCCUUGGCGCAGCACCCCAGGGAGCAUGAGAUCUUUGAGGGUUCGGGUUCUUCGAGGCCAGUCACGACUCCGAUGAUGACGAUACCCGCAACCCGUCGCGUCAAGGAGUCGAACAACACCUCUUCCGUCCUCGAGAUUGGCGCUCCGCAGCUGAGUCGUCCAAGUUCGUCACGCUCUCUCAGGUCCCUCUCCUCUGUUCGACCGCAAUCGUCGGCCGGCCAUAAGAGACACCAUUCCAAGCAUGGCUUGCUCGGGAGGAUUAAGCCUGACCAGGCUCCGUUCAGGAGAGGCAUCCAGGAAGAGUAUGCCAAACGGACAAAGUUUCCAGCCUUCCACGAUGACAACAUCAUCGACCCAGAAUUGGCAGACUUCAUGUCGGAUGACUCAAGUGGUGAUGAGGAGCAGCAGAUUGGCAGUAUCUUUGAAACUCUCAACUCGCCGACCGAGAUCUCCCCCACCUCCUAUGAGGCCGACAAGUCGAAUCUCUCAGCGCUUGUCAACACAUCCAGGAAACCUCACCACCAUCGCCACAGAGGCGGCGAAAAGAGCAUCAGCGGAAUGAGCCACUUCAGCCGAAGCGGAUUCGGGCUCGAUGAUAUGGCUCCCGGGUUUGCCAGCCAUCGUAGGACCACCCGACGCCGCAAUCUCAGCAAUGUCAGCGGUAGCAUUCAUCAUUUUGGAUCCCCCCGUCCUAAGUCCGUUUACAAGGGGCCGUCGGCCUCAUCCGAGAUGUUGUUCCCCGUAGAUAACUCACUUCACCCCAGCCACAGCGGGACUCAACUGGUCAGGAGCAACUCCCUGCAAAAGCUCAAGGCCGCCAAAACCAAGCUCAACGAAUCCAGCUUGAAGCAUGUUGACAAGCUCCUCCAUCAGCUCUUGAUUGACGACGAUAUCCCCAACCCCGCCGCCUGGCAGAAGGCGCUCGUUCCUAUCCUCUUGCAAGCCACCGACGAUGUAUCACCCGACGUCGCAAAUGGCGAAUCCAUGGACAUUCGGACCUACGUGAAGCUCAAGAGAAUACCAGGAGGCAAGCCUGGCGAUACAUCCUACAUCUCCGGUAUAGUCUUCACCAAGAACCUUGCGCUCAAGAGCAUGCCACGAAAAAUUGCAAACCCGAGGAUCCUGCUUGUAGGAUUCCCGAUUGAGUAUCAGAGACACCAGCAGCAAUUUAUGAGCUUGGAGCCGGUCAUUGCACAGGAGAAGGAGUUUCUGAGAAUCGUGGUGCAGAGGAUCGCAGCCCUUAAGCCUCAGGUUCUGCUCGCCGAAAAGGCCAUUUCUGGCUUGGCCUUGCAGUAUCUCUCCGAGGCCAACAUCUCGGUGGCCUUCAAUGUCAAGCGAUCUGUCAUUGCUGCCGUCGCCCGCUGCACAGAGACCAAGAUCAUUGAGUCUCUUGACAUGCUAGAGGCCCAAGUCGGAAGAUGUAGCGCCUUUGAAGUCCGCACCUUUGUGAACAAUGACUAUCCGGGUCGGAAAAAGUCUUACAUCUUCCUUUCUGGGUGCAGACCCGAGCUGGGCUGCACUAUUACGCUUCGAGGAGCCAGCGAUGCUCUCCUGGCCAAGAUGAAGUACAUCACCGACUUUAUGGUCUACGUCGUGUACAAUCUCAAGCUUGAGUCGAGUCUGUUACGGGACGAAUCCGUCGAGCCGCCCGAUGCCAACGAAGCUGCCUCAAUGUCCAACUCAUUCCAAGCAUUGAACGACAGCAUCCGGUCACUGAGCUCGGCCGGCCAAACGACCGCCGGCGGCGGCGGCGGCAGAAGUGGCCCUAUUGUCGUGGUCAACCAACCCUCGAGUGAAAGCGAACCGCCCACGCAGACUACAAUGGAAAGCUCGAGCUUCGGGGGCACUGAUGAAGCUCAGUCGCAGCCUCCGAUGGAACAGGUGCCGUCAGAGCCACCCAAGCUGCUCUCGUUGCACGAGUCUCACGCCCAUGACUCUACAUUCAGUCAGGUUCCAGAUGAUGUCCCAAUGCCGACAUUCUACAGCGACAUGGUGGCCAAGUAUGAGACCAAGAUCCUCUCGGCAUCGCCAUAUGUACGGUUUCCUCAGCCGUAUCUUCUCAUGAAAGCUCGCGAGCAAGAGAGACGCCUCUUGUAUCUCAAACGCCUCAGAGAUCAGGACAUGAUUGAAGAAGAUGUGGAAAAGAGCGAGCCUCCAGAGUUCCAGCUCAUCAAGCCCGAAAUGGUCGAAGAGCUGGGCCGGAGGGCGCCCCGUCAGAUUAUGGAGAUUCUCCACGCCGUACAUGACGCCGAGUACGACAAGGCCCUCUAUAACUACCAGACCCAAACUCGCCAGUGGGAGACGUACAUCCAGGGCAAUCUGGACUUGUUCGAUCCCUAUUCUCACCAGAACAUCAUCAUACUGUACUCCGUCAUCUGCACCGAAACCAAGAUUCCCUGCACAGAGCCCAGCUUGGUCGGCAUCAAUUUCUACGAUGAGCAGCGCGAAGACACCAGCAUGGAUCCGGACUGCACCCUCGGCCAAUACAUCGAGUACUUGAUAAACAGCAAGGAUGAAAUCUGCGACUCCAACGGGUGCGAUCGCAAGAUGUCCCAGCAUCAUCGUACUUUUGUCCACGACCAGUUCCGGAUCACCGUGUUCGUAGAGCAUCUGCCCAACGCCCCUCCGAGGUCACCGGAACUGGGCGAUGGAAUUGUCAUGUGGACAUACUGCAAGGUCUGCCAGAAGGACUCUGAGGAGAUUGCAAUGUCUGAGACUACUUUCAAAUACUCGUUUGGAAAGUACCUGGAGCUCCUUUACUGGGGCCGCGGCUUGCGCAUGAAGGAUGCCAUGGAGUGCCCUCACGACCAUCAAAAGGACCACGUUCGCUACUUUAGUCUACAUGAUUCUCGUGUUCGGAUUCACUGGGACCCCAUCGAUCUUCUCGAGAUUAUCGUCCCUCGAGCCAGACUCACGUGGAAGGUGAGCAACGACCUGAAGCUCAAGAACGACAUAUACGCCAAGAUGGAGGAGCGCUGGACGAAAUUCAUGGCGACCGUGAUAGCUCGGCUCGAGAGCAUCAGGAUCGACAGUGUUCUCCCUGAAAAGGCCGAGUCGUGCAAAGCAGAGCUGGAGCGGUUGAUGCAGAAGGCUAAGGAAGACAAAGCCCUCAUGGUCCACCGCUUGCAGGAGAUAUAUGUCAACUCCAAGUAUUACGAGGUCGUCCCGUUCAACAUUAUUGUUCGUGAAAUGUUGGAGACGGCUAGCGAAUGGGACCAGAUCUUUGCCACAUUCGAGGCCGAUUUCUUGGGAGACAAGGACAUGCGGCAGCUUACAAUGCUGCAAUUGAAGAAGAUGUUCACGGAUAACGAAUCCAAGGAAUCGCUUGUGUCCACCGAGGGAACCGGAUCUGCCGGAGACAGCGAGGAACGUCCAUCCCAAACCUUUUCCGAAGCGGAAGAAAAAUCGACGCAGCCGACAGACCCCGCCGAUAGCAGCAUGGAAGCCAGUGUUGCCUCUACGAAGCCGACUGAAGAGAAGCCCGAGGUCGACGGCGACGGCCCAGCUCCUUCUACCGAGGACAAGGCUGAGUCUAUCAAGCCCCCGGAGUCGGCUAGAACAGCACCUGCCGCGAUACCUAUCAUCCAAGCUACAGCUGAGGGCGAUGAUGCCAAACCCGCUGUGACAACGACGCCGGCUGAGGCAGCACUGGCAACACAAAUGCCUGCAUCGCCCAGCAGGAUGGCUAGAAGCCCCACAAACUCGUCCAUUUCUGGGCAGUCACUCAGCGAGAGGGUCGACGCAUCUCGGCGUGAGAAAGCUAUGCAGCCUCGGCAGUCGCAGGAGUCUAGCGAGCGGCCGGCCGAUGCGGAAGCACACAGGCAGGUCUCCGAACAAGGCGCUCGACGAAAAUCCGCCACCACCAGCACAUCGCCACCGAUCACGAGAGCCAUGUCACAGCCAUCGCGGACGCUGUCUAGACUGCAGUCCCUCGGCAAAUCAUCCGGUUCUUCUGAUGUCAUAUCGAAGAGCCCCGAGCCAGAGCAGCAGUCAGAGGGCUCUAUCAAGUCAGAGAAGAAGCUUUCCGAGCGACUGGGCCUGAACGUGUUGAAGAACCGAGGGAAGAUGGGCGGAUCAGGCAUUCCACGUCUUGUUCCAAAGAAGAGGGAAUCAAAGGUGACUACGCUCGCGAAACAUUUCGAACAGCUCAGCAGGGAGUUCAGCAGAGAGUUUGAAAAGGAGCGCAUCCGAGACCGUAAAAAGCGCGCGGCCAGCAUGCGCAACCCUCGUCCGAUGCUCCCCAAGACGUCAACGCAAGCAAUUGUGCAAGUAUACGACAACGUCAACGAGGCAUUCGAUGAGCCAGCCGUGACAAGCGAGCCAAACACCGAGCAAGACAUUGAAUCGCAGGAUGCAUCCUCAUCCCUCCCAGGGGGCAAAGCAGAAGGAUCAGCCAAGCUAGAGGUGCACACUGCACCGCCAACCCCCGGCGAACCCGCUGCGUCCUUGGAUAGCCAGCCCCGCUGGGACGAGGACACCACCAACGUAAACACAAGCCAGGGCAUGUCUGACGACGAGGGCGGUGGUAGUGACGCCGAGCCAUCUGUAUCUGAUGAGUACAUGCCUGACAUCAAAGAGAUGGCCGACUCAAACGCUGAAGUCCCGCUGGAGCUUCCAAAACACCAAAAGAUGAGCCUGAUGAAGUACUUGGCCAACUUCUGGGCUGAGCGCUCAGCCAGCGGGUGGCCUGCGCUGGAGUACCCAGUCAAUGCCACGGACCACAUCUUUGUGGACUCGGACAUUAUCGUUCGCGAGGAUGAGCCUAGCUCGGUUAUUGCGCUCGCCCUCAACAGCGACGACUACAAGGAGAAGCUGGCCAACAUCCGCCGAGAUGCGCACCAGACGAUGCUUCGCGAAGCAGACAGCCGUGAUGUCGAUGGUGACCUGGACGCCGAGCCCAAAUCAGCGCCGGUAUCAGACAGCGCGGACUGGGCUACGGACGAGUCUGAGCUGGAGAAGAGCUUGCUCCGAGCCACUGGCACGCAUCUCAAGUAUCAGUUCAAGGAAGGCGCCGCAGUCAUGACUUGCAAGAUCUUCUACGCAGAGCAAUUCGAUGCGCUUCGACGAAAGUGUGGGGUUGCCGAGCGCAUCGUAGAAUCGCUGUCGCGGUGCCUGCAAUGGGACUCGAAGGGUGGUAAAACAAAGUCUGUCUUUUUGAAGACGCUGGAUGAUCGGCUCGUCUUGAAGUCUCUUUCGACAGUCGAGACGUCUGCAUUCUUGCGAUUUGCGCCGGGAUACUUUAGCAUCAUGGCCGAGGCACUUUUCCACGACUUGCCGUCGGUGAUUGCAAAGAUGAUGGGGUUUUUCCAAGUCGUCAUCAAGAAUCCGGUGACAGGCACGGAUAUCAAGCUGGACCUGCUUGUCACGGAGAAUUUGUUCUACGACCGGUCGCCAACGAGAAUCUUUGACUUGAAGGGCUCGAUGCGCAACCGCAAGAUCCAGUCGACGGGCGAACAGAACGAGGUGCUCCUGGACGAGAACAUGGUGGAGUACAUUUACGAGUCCCCUCUCUUUGCGCGGGAACAUUCCAAGAAGCUUCUCAGGGCGUCGGUGUGGAACGACACGCUGUUUUUGGCGCGCCAGAACGUGAUGGACUACUCGUUGAUGAUUGCGGUUGAUGAGAAGAGAAAGGAGCUGGUGGUGGGCAUCAUUGACUGCAUCAGGACGUACACGUGGGACAAGAAGCUCGAAAGCUGGAUCAAGGACCGGGGUUUUGCAGGCGGUGGCCGCAACAGGCCGACCGUGACCAGUCCGAAGGAAUACAAGUCUCGAUUCAGGGAGGCCAUGGCAAGGUGGGUUUUGAGCCUUUUUCUUCUUUUCCCCCGAUACAUACGGGGCUUGAGUAACUGGUGGCUAAUCAUACCGCAGAUACAUUUUGCAAGCUCCAAACUGUUGGCAUCUCCGUCGAAUCCGUGCUCUUACUUUUGCUUCCUCAUUCUCCCAAUGUCGAUUGACCUCAACUGGGAGACGCUGACGACGGGCCCGGACGGCGAGGCGCUGGCCGAGAGCAUCCGGACCUUCAUCCACAGCAAGUUCCAGACGGUGCAGCUGCCGCGCUUCAUCCGGUCGGUCAACGUGCACGGGUUCGACUUUGGGACGAUUCCUCCGGAGCUGGAGUUGAAGGACAUUACGGACCCUCUGCCGGAUUUCUACGAGCAGGAUGAUGAUGAUGAUGAUGAUGAUGAUGAUGAUGAGGAUGGGGGUGAUGAGGAGGGCGGGGAGAGCGGGACGGGGAUGGGGCUCGGCUUGGGCUCGCACAUGAACGCCAGCACGCCCAACAUGCACACGAUGAGCAUGAGCCCCGGCAUGAACCUCAGCGGGCACGACCUCGGGCGGGCGUUUCUGGGGACGUCGACGCCGGGAAUCCUGGGCGUGGGCGGGCAGGGCCGGAGCAACUACUUCCAGGCGCACCUGGCGACGGGCACGCAGACGCCGCUGGCGGCGGUGGCCGGGGCGCAUCUCGGGGCGGCGACGGGGUGGAUGGGGGGUUCGAUGACGGCGGCGGCGGCGGAGCAGGCGCCGAGUUAUCACAGCCGAGAGGCGUCGCUGAGCUCGAUUGAUAACCUGCAGGCGGCGCUGGGGGCGGGACAGGACGCGGGAUCGGGGCAGCAGGGGCAGCAGCAGCAGCAACAGGGGCAGAGCAUGGCCAAGUCAGACGUCUCGAGCACGCUGGGCCCGCCGUCGCGGCCAUCUACGAGCCACGGCCCGGGGAGCGGCUCGGCCGUUGAAGACGAUGACGACGACGACGACGAUGACGCGGACAACGAGAGGCGGCGCGAGCCCCGCGUCGAGGACGUCCAGGCCGUCUUCCGGAUCCGCUACUCGGGCGACGUGCGGCUGAACCUGACGGCGGAGAUCCUGCUCGACUACCCGAUGCCGAGCUUCGUCGGCAUCCCGCUCAAGCUUAACAUCACGGGCCUGACGUUUGACGGGGUGGGCGUGCUGGCACAUAUUCGCAGGAGGGUGCAUUUCUGCUUCUUGAACCCGGAUGACGCGCUUGCUGCGGUUGGGCCGGAGGCGGCGGAGGAGGCAUCGCCGACAACGACAACGACGACGACGACAACUACGUUUGGCGGGCUGCUGCAGGAGAUCAAGGUCGAGAGCGAGAUUGGGGAGAGGGAGAGCGGGCGGCAGAGCCUUAAGAAUGUGGGCAAGGUAGAGAGGUUUGUGCUGGAGCAGGUGAGGAGGAUCUUUGAGGAGGAGUUUGUCUAUCCCAGUUUCUGGACGUUUCUGGUGUGA